AUUGUGGACCCGUUUAACCCUAACCUCCAAACAGAAGAGGCAGCAGAGACCUCCACCUCCAAACAGAAGAGGCAGCAGAGACACCUCCACCUCCAAACAGAAGAAGGAAGGAGACACCUCCACCUCCAAACAGAAGAAGGAAGGAGACACCUCCACCUCCAAACAGAAGAAGGAAGGAGACACCUCCACCUCCAAACAGAAGAGGAAGGAGACACCUCCACCUCCAAACAGAAGAAGGAAGGAGACACCUCCACCUCCAAACAGAAGAAGGAAGGAGACACCUCCACCUCCAAACAGAAGAAGGAAGGAGACACCUCCACCUCCAAACAGAAGAAGGAAGGAGACACCUCCACCUCCAAACAGAAGAAGGAAGGAGACACCUCCACCUCCAAACAGAAGAAGGAAGGAGACACCUCCACCUCCAAACAGAAGAAGGAAGGAGACACCUCCACCUCCAAACAGAAGAAGGAAGGAGACACCUCCACCUCCAAACAGAAGAAGGAAGGAGACACCUCCACCUCCAAACAGAAGAAGGAAGGAGACACCUCCACCUCCAAACAGAAGAUGGAAGGAGACACCUCCACCUCCAAACAGAAGAAGGAAGGAGACACCUCCACCUCCAAACAGAAGAAGGAAGGAGACACCUCCACCUCCAAACAGAAGAAGGAAGGAGACACCUCCACCUCCAAACAGAAGAAGGAAGGAGACACCUCCACCUCCAAACAGAAGAAGGAAGGAGACACCUCCACCUCCAAACAGAAGAAGGAAGGAGACACCUCCACCUCCAAACAGAAGAAGGAAGGAGACACCUCCACCUCCAAACAGAAGAAGGAAGGAGACACCUCCACCUCCAAACAGAAGAAGGAAGGAGACACCUCCACCUCCAAACAGAAGAAGGAAGGAGACACCUCCACCUCCAAACAGAAGAAGGAAGGAGACACCUCCACCUCCAAACAGAAGAAGGAAGGAGACACCUCCACCUCCAAACAGAAGAAGGAAGGAGACACCUCCACCUCCAAACAGAAGAAGGAAGGAGACACCUCCACCUCCAAACAGAAGAAGGAAGGAGACACCUCCACCUCCAAACAGAAGAAGGAAGGAGACACCUCCACCUCCAAACAGAAGAAGGAAGGAGACACCUCCACCUCCAAACAGAAGAAGGAAGGAGACACCUCCACACAGAAGGAGGAAGGAGACACCUCCACACAGAAGAAGGAAGGAGACACCUCCACACAGAAGAAGGAAGGAGACACCUCCACACAGAAGAAGGAAGGAGACACCUCCACACAGAAGAAGGAAGGAGACACCUCCACCUCCAAACAGAAGAAGGAAGGAGACACCUCCACCUCCAAACAGAAGAAGGAAGGAGACACCUCCACCUCCAAACAGAAGAAGGAAGGAGACACCUCCACCUCCAAACAGAAGAAGGAAGGAGACACCUCCACCUCCAAACAGAAGAGGAAGGAGACACCUCCACACAUAAGAAGGAGAGAUUUCUUGGAGAUGGAGACCAUUGCUCCGCUAUGCUGGAGACUUGUGGAGCGCGAGCAGCACAGAGAGGACCCUGGUAAACUGCAGCCGGUGGGCAGGACUGGGGCUGGGCAGAGACAGUCCUGA